GCUCCUACUCCAGGACUCUCACAAAGCUGAUCAGCUGUACUUCACAAAAAAAUAAUAAUUUCCAUGUUUUGUAUAUAUCUGACAAAACUGGCAACAUCUUACAGACUACUGACUUGAAGACAACCUCUUUUAUAUUUCUCUAUUUCUGGGCUGAUGAAUUUGUUUUCAUCUGUCUUUUCCCCCUUCAGAAUUUUCCUUGGAAAAAAAAUACUAGCCUAGCUGGUCAUUUCUUUGUAAGGUAGUUAGCAAUUUUAAGUCUUUCUUUGGUCAACUUUUUUUUAAUGUGAAAAGUUAGGUAAGACACUUUUUUACUGCUUUUAUGUUUUUCUGUCUUGUUUUGAGACCAUAAUGGUUACACUUUUGGUUCCUAAAUAAAACAUUAAAAAAAUUAACAGCCAAGUCACAAAGGUAAUGGAUUGCACAUAGACUAAGGAAUAAACUUCAGAUUUGUGAUUUUUGUUUCUAAUCUUGAUGUAAAUUUACACUAUUUAUAAAUACAUAUUUAUUGCUUGAAAAUAUUUGUGAAUGGAAUGCUGUUAUUUUUUCCAGAUUUACCUGCCAUUGAAAUUUUAAGGAGUUCUGUAAUUUCAAACACUACUCCUAUUACAUUUUCUAUGUGUAAAUAAAACUGCUUAGCAUUGUACAGAAACUUUUAUUAAAAUUGUUUAAUGUUUAAAGAGUUUUCUAUUGUUUGAGUUUUAAAAAGACUUUAUGUACAGUGCCCAGUUUUUGUUCAUUUUUGAAAUCUGAUUAUAUAUAUUUUAUAUAUACUUAUGUAUGUAUAUAUAAUAUAUAUAGAAAUCUGGAUAUAUAUGUAUAAAUAUUUAGAACUUAAAUUUUUCUCGUUUUAAGUUUCACAUCUAUGGUAGAUUUUUGAGGUGUCUACUGUAAAGUAUUGCUUACAAAAAGUAUGAUUAUUUUUAAAGAAAUAUAUAUGGUAUGUAUCCUCAAGACCUAAAAUGUCAGACUGGUUUAUUGUUAAGUUGCAAUUACUGCAAUGACAGACCAAUAAACAAUUGCUGCCAAAAUGUAGUAUAAUAGUAGAAAACAAAUAGUGAUUGAACUUAAGAUUUUAAAAGGAAUGUUAUAUGGGCUUGACAAAUCCUGUACAUGACUUAGUAACGUUUUAUAUGGAAAAGGGGAUUCAGGAUGAAGGGCUCUAUUUUAGAAUGAAAAUAAAUUAAGAGACUUAUUUUUUAAUGUUA